AUGGCUAAUGCAAUGCAUUGUGUUCGGGUUCCUGAUACUAAAGGAAAUCAUGAAAUAUCCCAAACUACGUUGAAUGUUGUGAGUGCUAUUGGAGAACCUUUUGUGCCAUUGAUUGGUGCUGUAACUAUCGUGAUUUCAGAAAUUAUUAAAGUCUAUGAAACUGUCCAGUAUAAUAAGAAGAUCUGUAAUUCACUUAUGGAUCGUGUAAAUAAUGCUGAGGCAGCCGUCAAAACUUUUGAAAGAAGACAAACUGAAAAUAAAGAUCUUAGUAAACAAGAAUAUUAUAAUUCGUUUGUUCGUUUCGUUGAAAUCAUGAAUCGAAUUAAAAAAUUUAUCGGUGAUGUAUCGAACUUAAACAAAUACCAAAAAUUCAUACGUUCCGGUUCAGUUAAAAGUGGAUUUGAUUCACUUGUUAAAGACUUUGAUGAAGUAAUGACUGGAUUGCAUUUUACAAUGGCCGUUGCUAAUGAAGAACAAAGAAGGAUAGAUCAAAUUGCUCUCGAAUCUGAUAAUGCAGAAAUGACUGAGUUUUUGAAAAGAAUAGAAGGUGGCAUAAUUGACCAAGAUCAAAAAAUAAAUAUUGUGAUUAAUGAAUUGUCAAUAAUGAAAGAAAAAUUGGAUCAUUCAGAUAGUUUUGAUAAUAAUAUUAAAAAUAUUAAAGCAGAUGAAAUAAAAUCAACUGAUUUAGUGGAUCCUAAUGUGCCAAGAGAAACGGAUCGCCGAGGAAAAAAUCGUCAGGUUAUCAAAAAAAUGUAUAAAAGUAUUGAGGUUGCCUGCAAGCCAAUUAAUCUUCAAAAUAGUGACCCUAAAGAAGCUGCAAAAAUUCAAGGACUUCUGGCUAUAUUAGGAAAAUUACACGAAUCACUCAACGUUAUUAGAUUUUAUGGUCUUUCAUAUACAGAAAACUCAAACGUUAUGGUAUUUGAAUGGGCUCUCUCAGAGAAUAUACAAAUAGCUCUUGAUAUUUGUCGUGGCCUUACAUUUUUACAUUCUUGUGACAUUCUUCACGAUAUUCGAUGUGCUCAUAUAUUGAUGACUACAGAAUUGGUACCAAAAAUUGCAAAAUUUAAUUAUUCUCGUAUGGCAUAUGGUCCAACCACAGACAUGAAGGGUGUAACAGAUAUUAUACGUUGGAUGGCUCCUGAAAAAUUGCGUGAUUCUGAAAAAAAACAUGUUCCUUAUACUUUCAAAUGUGAGAUUUUCAGCUUUGGUAUGUUACUCUGGGAACUUGUUUUCGAAAAAAUUCCAUACGAAAAAUGGAAUAUAAUGCAGAUUAAAAAACAUGUAUUAGAUGGUAACAGAGAAAAAAUCACAUGGGGAAAGGCUUCAUCAAAUGUUGAAAAAAUUCAAAAAGACUUGACGAAAAUCAUUGUGUCUGCCUGGCAACACAACCCAGCAAUUCGAGCAUCUCUUCAAGGUAUUUUUAUGAAGUUGGAUAAACUAAAUGGUAAACAUUGCACCGGCAAAGAAACUGUAGCUAAACUUUUACCUGAUAAGGAAUUAGAUUUAGAUGGAUCUUUAUCUCAUGCAGCUUUGUCUCAUACAGUUUCUAUUAGCGAUGAUUUUUAUUUACCGGACAUGGACAUGGAUGAUUUUAAUGUUGAUGAAAUAUUACAAAUAAUUCCUCUCGAAGAAGGUAUUGCAGCACAUAGGAAUAAAGAAUAUGCAAAAGCUUGGAAAUGUUUUUCAGCGCAUGCAGAUUUAAAAAAUUCAACUGCAAAGUAUUGGAAAGGAUAUUACUUGUGGGAAGGAAUUGAAGUUAAGGAAGAUCAUAAAAAGGCUAGUGAAUUGUUUAAAGAAGCAGCUGAUGAUGAAAUCCCGGAUGCUCAAUUACGUUAUGCAAUUUCAUUAGUCAAUAAUCCACUAGUAAAAUUUGAUUCUGAAAUAUUUUUAAAAUAUAUAACUAAAGCUGCAGAUAAUAAUAAUCCCACUGCACAAUAUAACUUGGGGGAUGUGUAUUUUCAUGGUAAACUUAAUCAAGAUAAGAAUGAAAAAUUAGGCAUAAAAUAUUUAAAAUUGGCAGCUCUCAAUGAUCAACCUAAAGCUAAAAAGCUUUUACAAGAAUUGGGGAUUAAUGGAUACUGA